AUGCGGACUUCUUCUCUCUGCCGCUAUGAUUCAUUCGCAUCUUUGCGUGGAAACAUCGCGUCACUCUUCGCACCGUUGAAAAGCCCCGAAUCCGUGCGCCGCGAGGUACAUCAGUACGUCUGCCACGCCCCGUGGCGCUACAAGGGUGCUCCGCGGCAGCGCGGGAGUUGGAUGCGUGGGACUCUCAACCUCGUCUUUGAGGAGGCGCGGCGGCGCGGAAGUUACGCCGUCGCACUGGCCGCAGUAGAGGUCGUCGUCGCGCAAAAACAGCAGCUGACGAUAGAGCCGUCGUGGGUCAAGAAUGCGCUUGCGGCCUGCCACACUCCGGAGGAAAUACGCGUGAUGGAAGCGCUGCUCUCGCGGCAUCGUCGGCUAGUUGGCGGCGGUGCUGCCGCUGCUGAGGCGGGUGAGGCGGCGGGGCAGCAACUAACCUCCGCGGCGCAGCGUGAUGACGCACUGCUGCCUCCAUCGCUGCAGGACGGGAAGGAUGACGUGGGUGAGCUGCACGACACCUCCCUGCUUGCCGCUGGCUACAGUAACAUGGCUCUGGCGACGUUGCGCCAGCGCCGCGAUCAGGUGGUGACUGCGCCAAAUGCCUCCUUUUUGCGUUAUUUCGUGCGCCAGGGACUUGUGCAGGAUGAGGCGGAGCUGAUGCAACUGUUCAAGGCCCUGCGGGGUCGACAGCCUGUGGGGUUCCGCGUCCACACCUCACAGGUGCACGGAAAAGCGGUGGAGGCUCUCUUGCGUGAUCGGCCCGGCAUCACACCCUUGUCCUGGCUUCCGCCCAUGUGUGGCGCCUUCGUCAUGUCGGAUGCGCCAGAAAUCCCACACAAUGUGGUUCUUUCCAACAGGCAACUGCUCCGGGCACUUGCAAACGAGCGACUUAUUUCCUUUCAAUCCACGUCGAGUAUGCUGCCGGUGUUGCUGCUCGAUCCACGUCCUGGAGAGGCUGUGUUGGAUUUGUGUGCCUCGCCAGGGAGCAAAACGGCUCUCAUCCUUGACUACAUGACUGGCAUCGCGUCGUCCUCAGGGGCCCCCUUGGAGAGUGGUUGCAUUGUAGCGAAUGAUGCCAUAGUUGCCCGCAGACACGCACUUGCACAGCGGCUGCGGGGUGUUUCACCAAAGAUAGCGGUGACACAGAUACAAGGACAACACUUCCCUGUACAACCCGUUGCGGCGGGUGGGGCUCGAUAUGAUAAGGUCCUGGUGGAUGCCCCUUGCUCCGGCGAGGGCCGCAUGCAGAGGGAUGUCAUGUCGUGGCGCAUGUGGCAUCCGCUAAAAGCCAUGGAAUUUUUUGCCACGCAGGUGGCGCUGCUGCGACGCGCGGUGGAGUCGUGCGCUGCAGGCGGGUGCGUCGUCUACUCGACCUGCACCCUAAACCCCUUGGAAAAUGAGGCGGUAGUGUCAACCGUGUUGGCAGAUGGUGGAGUGGAGCUGAUUCGCCCACCACCUUCCAUGACGGCGAAUAGCGGCUGGCACUUUAGUCGAGGUUUACCACGCUGGCUCGUUCCAUCGCGUGCGGGAGGAUUUUUGCACACCUUUGCAGAAGCGGAGGCGAAGGGGGAGAGGGCCUCCGUGGAGCUUUUUCCACCUGACGGGAAUGCGGGCGUUCAAGCGGCGCUUGAAACGUGCUGUUUGCGUGUUUUACCCCACCGCAACGGCGGGGCGGAGGGCUUCUUCCUCGCCGCCCUGCGUAAACUGCAGCACGGUUCAGCGCGUUUUGCGCCUUCGUCUCCAAAGCGUAUCGUGAGAGAGGAGACGACCGCCGUUUCCGGCGGACACCUUGCUGCCGACUCUAUUUUGCAUACCUGCGGUGUUGUGCGACUCUCGGCGGGGAACAUGUUGCUGCAGCGUCACCUUGGCGGGUUCUUCAAUGACAGUGCAACACAGCUGGAGGGCUUUUUGACCAAAUGUGGCCUCUGCGCCGCCUGGAAGGAAAGCCAGGGACUUCUGCUUAUUUCUGAGAGCUGUUGGGGCCAUAUGAGGGCGAUUCCCUCCGUCACCGCGUCGUCUUCCUCGUCUUCAGCCGCCGCGUUGCUAGAUGUGGGCAUUGUUGCUAUUGAAGCGGCGACAGGAGGCCUGACGGAGAGUGGCGCGUUCCACCUGCGGCCUUAUGCCACCUCGCGCGUGUUGCCGCUUCCGUUGUCGGAGGUGCAGUGGCUACUGUCCCAUCAGGUACUGAAGCUGUCCGAGAUGCAGGAGGACCCUAAACUGUUGGCGCGGCGGAUCGUUGGGGGCGUGGCACGCGUGGACGAGGAGGCUGCGACGGCGCAGCGUCAGACGCCGCUGCAGUGGGUGGCCCGCGCCUUUGCGGCUAUUGGCUCACGUGAAGGGAACUUCAUUGUGGGUUGUCUGCCGCCUCCCGCGCCUGUCGAUUUGCACACGGGCAGCCACGCAGAUGGCCUUGCAUCUCUUAGCAUUCCUGUGCUUUUGCGUCGCUCCUCGGCGGGCGUGGAGCUGCAGCUAUCGCUUUCGCAGGAUGCACGUCAGCGAUGCCUGGCUGUUAUUGGUCGCGCCCUUGCCCACAGUCGACGGAGCGGGGCGACGACGGCGGCGCUGGAACAGGAACACAUGCAAAUGGGUGCACGUUACAACACGAGCAGGACGAUGGACAGUGCAGGGUUGGAGGGUCGGCCACUGACGGCGCAGCGCCAACACCGACACCUCUACUCGUCGGUUCCCCCCGUGUCGUCGUCCUCGUCGCCGCCGUCGCCCACGACCGCCACUGCCGGAGCUGCCGCCACGCACCAGAGCAGCAGCAGCAGCAGUCUUGGUUGCUGCAAUGACGCUGAGAGCCAAAGGCAACGCGUAGGAGGGGCAUACUUCGAAAUUUAA